AUGAGUGUGGCGGUGAGCACCUCCGCUCCCCUCCCCCCAGCCUCAGACACCAACAUGGUCACAUCCACCUUCUCCCUGGUGGACUAUGUGGUCUUUGUCCUGGUGCUGGUCCUCUCCCUUGCCAUUGGGCUCUACCAUGCCUAUCGUGGCUGGGGGCGACAUACCAUCGGCCAGCUGCUGUUGGCAGACCGCAAAAUGGGCUGCUUUCCUGUGGCGCUGUCCUUGCUGGCCACCUUCCAGUCAGCCGUGGCCAUCCUGGGUGUGCCGUCCGAGAUCUACCGAUUUGGGACCCAGUAUUGGUUCCUGGGUUGCUCCUAUUUCCUGGGGCUGCUGAUCCCAGCACAUGUCUUCAUCCCAAUCUUCUACCGCCUGCAUCUCACCAGUGCCUACGAGUACCUGGAGCUCCGGUUCAAUAAAGCUGUGCGGGUUUGUGGGACCGUGACCUUCAUCUUUCAGAUGGUAAUCUACAUGGGGGUCGUCCUCUAUGCACCAUCGUUGGCCCUCAAUGCAGUGACUGGCUUUGAUCUCUGGCUGUCAGUGCUGACCCUAGGCGUUGUCUGCGCCGUCUACACUGCUCUGGGUGGACUGAAGGCAGUCAUCUGGACAGAUGUGUUCCAGACCCUGGUUAUGUUCCUAGGGCAGCUGGUGGUUAUCAUUGUGGGGUCGGCCAAGGUGGGCGGUUUGGGGCAUGUGUGGGAUGUGGCUUCCCAGCAUGGCCUUAUCUCUGGAAUCGAGCUGGAUCCGGACCCUUUUGUGCGGCACACUUUCUGGACGCUGGCCUUCGGGGGUGUCUUCAUGAUGCUCUCCUUGUAUGGAGUGAACCAGGCUCAGGUGCAGCGCUACCUCAGUUCCCGCACGGAGAAGGCUGCGGUGCUCUCCUGCUACGCCGUCUUCCCUUGCCAGCAGGUGGUCCUCUGCAUGGGCUGCCUCAUUGGCCUGGUCAUGUUCGCCUACUACCAGGAGUAUCCCAUGAGCACCCAGCAGACUCAAGCAGCCCCUGACCAGUUCGUCCUGUACUUUGUGAUGGAUCUCCUGAGAGGCCUGCCAGGCCUGCCUGGGCUCUUUGUUGCCUGCCUCUUCAGUGGCUCCCUAAGCACCAUAUCCUCUGCUUUUAAUUCACUGGCAACUGUUACAAUGGAAGACUUGAUUCGACCCUGGUUCCCUCAUUUCUCUGAAGUCCGGGCCACCAUGCUUUCCAGAAUCGUCGCCUUUGGCUAUGGGCUACUUUGUCUGGGAAUGGCCUAUAUUUCCUCCCAGAUGGGACCUGUGCUGCAGGCAGCAAUCAGCAUCUUUGGUAUGGUUGGGGGCCCGCUGCUCGGACUCUUCUGCCUUGGGAUGUUCUUUCCUUGUGCCAAUCCUCCUGGUGCCAUCGUGGGCCUGUUGGCUGGACUGAUCAUGGCCUUCUGGAUCGGCAUUGGGAGCAUAGUGACCAGCAUGGGCUCUGGCAGAGCACCCACUCCCUCUAAUGGGUCCAGCUUUUCCCUGCCCAGCAAUCUGACUGCUGUCACCAUGGCCACACUGAUGCCCUUGACUACUAUCUCCAAACCCACAGGGCUACAGCGGCUCUAUUCCCUGUCGUAUUUAUGGUACAGCGCUCACAACUCCACCACGGUCAUUGUGGUGGGCCUGGCUGUCAGUCUGCUCAGUGGCGGAAUGCGGGGCCGGACCCUGAACCCUCGGACCAUUUACCCAGUGUUGCAGAAACUCGUUGCCCUCCUGCCCAUGUCCUGUCAGAAGCGACUUCACUGCAAAACCCACAGCCAGGAUCUCUCUGUGGACACGGCUGUGUUUCCGGAGAAGGUGAGCAAUGGGAUGCUGAGGGGCAGCAGAGACAAGGAGGCCGUGGAUGUGCCUGAGGAAGGCCCAGCCCACCAGGGGAUCAGCCCCACCUUCAUCGUUCAGGAGACCUCACUGUGA